AUGGCCGAGUCAGAGGAUGGCCACCACAUCGAAAUUGUCCCUGAUGACAGCGCCUGGGCAGGCGUAGAGGACAAUGCUGAGGAUCCUGAAGAAGUUCGCGUUAUAUUCAGCGCAUUGGAUUCAUUCUUCCAAUACGCCAAAGUCUCACACUUCAACGUAACUCACCUGCGCCGUCAAGCCUUCUACGCCUUGCCUCAAGCACAAUGGCAGCUCUUGGCUGCACCGCCAUUCAGCUUUCUCGACACGCUCGAGAAGACUGACAAUGCUAUUGAUGAGAAUGCCGAGCUGGCUCGCACUAUUGCUCGUACUGGCCUCCAGUCCUUUCGCAUGAUGACGGCUGAUCCUGAAGGCAAAGAGCCUACUAUGCCCCAAGAAUGGGCUGGGGUAGCCAAGAACUCUGAUGUUGACAAGGCUAGAAGUACUAUUCGGCAAUUCUAUCGAGAUUGGACUGCGGCGGGAGCUGCAGAGAGAGAGGCUUGCUACAGUCCCAUCAUGAAAGCUCUAGCGGUCGAGAAGGAGAAAUACCCAGACAGAUCUCCCCUCAAAGUUUUGGUGCCGGGUGCAGGUCUGGGAAGACUGGUAUUCGAACUGGUUGCGAAUGGGUACAGUGCCGAAGGGAACGAGAUUUCAUACCACCAGCUUCUCGCCUCAUCAUACAUCCUCAACUGCUGCCCAGCAGUUGAGCAGCACACCAUCUACCCCUGGGUCCACAGCUUCUCCAACCACCUAACUCGAGCCAACCAUCUACGGGGGUAUCCAGUCCCGGAUAUCCAUCCAGCUUCAGUGCUGGCCCAAACACCUAACACCGGAGAGAUGUCUAUGUGCGCUGCUGACUUUCUCUGCCUUUAUGCCGACGAAGAGCAUGAAGCACAGUACGACGCUGUGGCAAGUGUUUUCUUCCUCGACACGGCGCCCAACCUAAUUCGCUAUGUCGAAGUUAUACGUCAUUGCCUACGACCUGGAGGUGUCCUUAUCAAUGUUGGACCGCUGCUGUGGCAUUUUGAGAAUAAUGCUCCCGGAAACCAUGGGCAGGACGGUGAGGCGGAACAUGACCCCAAGAACUCAUCAGGUAUUGCGGACCCAGGAAGCUUUGAGCUGGCAGAUGAUGAAGUUAUUGCACUGCUGGAGAAAAUGGGCUUUGUCGUUGAGUGGCAUGAGACUGGUGUCCAUGCGCCGUACAUUCACGACCCUGAAAGUCUCCUACAGUCCACGUACAGAGCAAGCACUUGGCUGGCUCGAAAGCCACUAAAUACGGCCGGCUCCUGA